AUGGCGUUGUUGCUCUUGGGUCGCCUCGACCCUAAAGGCCAAUCAACAAAUCAACAUUGUCAGUGUGGUGACCCACUUACCGAUGUCAACAGUCACUUGAGCAAGAACUAUAAGUGUGUCAUAAGAACGGUCGAAACCAUGAAGCUGACCGAAGUAGACAAGCUGUGCACUAUCAGAUUCAUCAGAAAAGUGACAUAUUCAGUGUGGUUCGCCAAUUCGACAAUGGUGGAAAAAGCAAAGGGUGCAUGGCGUAUGUGCCAGGAUUAUACCGAUCUCAAUAGGGCAUGUCCCAAAGACAAUUUAUCCUUACCAAGAAUCGAUCAACUAGUGGAUGCUAUUACCGGUCAUGAACUUCUCUAUUUCAUGGAGGCAGAGGCAAGGUACAACAAGAUAUUUAUGCAUAUCACACCGAUUAAGAGCACACCACCUUCAUUACCGAUAAAGGCCUCUAUUGCUACAGCGUUAUGUCCCUUAGCAUAA